UGUAAUAUACUUGUCUGAAAUCAUGCAAGAAAUGACGUUUGGUAGCAAGAGUUGUAAACCUCGUGUUAUUUUAUUUUACCGGAAAUCAAAGUGUGUGAGCGCACGCAGUUUAACCUUUGAACUCAAACGUAAACAACAAUCAGAGGUUAACCACGUGUUUAUGUGCUCGCGUUGCCACGAAGAUGCCUCCACGAUUACGCCUCACCGCAAAUGGUCAUUUCAAUAUAAUGGUGUAGCAGAAUAUAUCAGUAAAGCAUGCCGUUGGAAAAGCUUUCUUUCAAUGAAGCAAAACGCAGGGCUAAUGAAAGGAUCGCGGAAUGGGUAUCGGAAACCAAGGCCGCGGGAAUUGUUCGUCUGCAGGACAGAUACGGGGCCGUUUUCAAGAAGAUAGACUGGCGUGCAGGCCAUAGCCAAGCACCUAAGAAAGGAACAAAACUUAAACCCAUGCCAGAGCAAGCAAAGAAUGUUUUAACAACUUCAGAAACAGAUAACAAGAUGACAGAAGUGGGUCAAUUUACACAUGAUAUCCCUCCCAGCAGAAUGGGUAGGCACUCUCCCAAUCAGAGUCGAUGUAAGAGUAGAGAGAGGAGUCGACAAACACCAGAGAGAUGCCAGAGUAGCCGGCUCACAUCUGAGAAACGGUCAGACUCGAGGAAGCGUUACAGAGACAGUGCCUCUCUCAUCUAUGGUGACAACAGAAAUAACCGAAGUUCCCUGAUGGCCAGUGUAUGUAGUGAUGCCAUGUCUCUGAUACAAGAUGGUGUAGCAAGUGAAUGGCAGGAUCUUUAUCAGGAAACUAAAAUCAACACAAAAAUCAAUGAAAGAACAAGAGCAGAGAUGAAGUUUCUGAACUUGAAGACCCCUACCAUUGAUUACAGAGCUAACAAACGCCAAAGCUAUUUACCUGUACGAAAAAGCACAAACGGUCCAACAUUUCCUGCAAAAAGAACUUUACAAAAAGAUUCAAAGCUGUUAAAUAUUUUCCCAGCAAAUUUUCGAAAGAGAAAAAGAACAAUAAGAAAUUGGGAAAAAGAAGUUCCAUAUUUUAAAAUUGAUGCUGGGGUAUUAUCGUCUGGUACAAGCAGUGGAACAUCAGUAAUUAUUGGAACAGAAACUAUUCAAAAUCCAUCCGUUGGGGUUACCACUUCGCCUCCAAAAGGCCCGACAGUUGGACUGAAGCCCUUGCCAUGCAUUGUUACCAAGAACUGUAACCAUUCAGUCACACGAGUUUCCAGUCGUCGAUUCGACAUGUCAAAAUCUGGCUUGGCUCUUGCAGUGACGACUGGUCUCAGCCGUGCGAAAUCUUCCUGCUUCUCCAGAAGGCAACUAGUAUUAUCAAGGUCUGCGCACAAACGGUCUACCAACAGUAGUGACAGUAGCAAACAAUUCACUCCAGAGAGGGGCACUCCCAAAGGGAAAGUGGCCUUGAGACGUUUCCGGAUAUUGGUACGAAUGAUCAUGAGUGUUAUGCUGAUUCUGAGAACUACUGUGAAGACGGUGCAGCAAAACAUGCGCAGUGAUGUCAAGCGCAAGAAAAAGAAAACAGGAGUGUUAAUGGCCUUUGACCCCUCCUACUACAGUUCUGCCACCACUACGUAUGGGCACCUGUCUGAGCGCUCCAGGAAUGCACUCCAGAAGGUGCCACGGAUCCGCACAGAGGCAGACAUCAGAGUGUUAACUGAGGUGAUGUGUCGCCUACCACUUUUUGCCAAGUACUCGAGGAAGGUGAAAGAGGAGCUAGCCAGAUUUGUUUGGUAUGAUAUGCAUGAGACUGGCCGUAUCAUCAUCCGCCAGGGUGACAUGGGGUCCCGUAUGUACUUUGUGGUGUCGGGGACAGUCUCCAUCCAUCGCACAGAGGUGGAUCCUAAGACAGGGAUAAAGGUAAUCCAGCACUUAAGGGAUAUAGAGAUGGGUUCUACAUUUGGAGAACUGGCUCUGAUCCGAAACAUCUCAAGGACUUAUUCUGCCGCCUGUAAAGUGGACUCCGAGUUCCUCAGCGUGGACAAGGACCAGUUCAACAAAGUGCUGCGACAAAACUGGGAGGAGAGCUGGCAGAACCGGUACAACUUCCUUAUGUCAUCACCAUACUUCAAGGCGUGGACCAAAGAACAGCUGCGUCAGACAGCUGAUGUCGCUCUUACCAAGGAGUACAACAAUAACUCGGUGAUAUUUGGUAAUGAGCGAAAGGUUACAAACUGGGUCUACUUCAUCCUGAAGGGGAGAUGUCGGGUAGUUCAGAAACUCAGUUUGGUACGUAGUAAAUCUCCCUACAGGAGGUCAUGUCUGACUCUCCCUGGCACACAAAAGGCGGAGGAGACAUUGAAUACCUUCAUGAACAAGCCGUACGGGAAGAGGCAGCGGCAGCUAGCACUCGACACACACUUCCUCACCAUCACAACAUUACAGAAGGGAGACUACUUUGGUGUUGGUGAAGACAUGAGUGACUGUUACAUUGUAACUACCGAAAAGGCAGAAAUCCUGUUGCUAAAUGCAGCAAGCUUUAGUAUCCAUUCAAAACGAGAGGAGCUGGAAUGUCUCAAGGACAGACGAAAUGGUCUCCUGCCCUCGUUCAAGCAACUGCACCGACAGUUUGAGAUUAAUCGACGAUGGUGGGAAUACAAGCGGGGUAUUGUUUCAGAAGUUGUGCAGCGGCGGUCUAUACCCAACAACACAAGCAUUGCCGAUAUCCCCCGAUCAAUAAGGGAAAGUGAGGGUAUUUCACAGUGCUUGGCUGAGGAUAUAACGAGCUAGUAGUGUUCUACAGUGGAGAGUAUAUUGUUUGCAGUUGAACAUAUAUACACUCAGGGAUUCGCUCACCAAGAAUUCUGAUAAAGGAAUAAUGAAAGAUUUAGUGUUGAUUGAUUGAAAGAAUGGAAGAUACUAAAAUAAAAAAGAAAAGCUUAAUCAAUGUUCUGUUAUUUUAUCUGUCUAUCCAUUUGUCCAUAAUUAGCAUCCUAUCCAUACAGACAGGUUACAGAAGUCUUUUAUCAGUAAACAUUGACACACAGUAACACGUCAGUCUGUCUAACACACAGUAACAGGUCAGUCUGUCUGACAC